AUGUCCCUUGCACGUCAAGCUAUGGAAGAAAAAAUGGAAGAUCUUGCCCUUUUCGAGGCCGACCAUCAGAUAAUCAUCGCCCUCGAUUUCGGAACCACAUUUAGUGGGAUUGCGUAUGCAUUCAAAUCCACUUCAAAGCCGGAGCUAGCUUCAAUCCUCGACUGGCCGGGCCUCGAGAGCGAAAAGCAGCCGAAGGUCCCAACGGUGAUAAGCUAUGAUCCAAAGAAUAAAAAAUCCUUCACGUGGGGUGGGCAAAAGCACGAGCAUGCCUUAGUCGAAGGGAUCAAGUUGCUUCUCGAUCCCGAUCAAGAUAAGCCGUUGUACGUGCCGGCCACGAACACCAAGACCGAGCUGGCCAAGAUUGGCAAGCCUGCCCAUGAAGUAGCCGCGGACUAUAUCAAAUCAAUAUAUGAACAUGCCUUGGGACGGAUUGCCUCAAAGGUUCCCGAGAACUAUCUCGAAAAUGAUGUUCAGAAAAGAUUCGUCAUAAGCGUACCUGCAGUGUGGUCUGACCGGGCAAAGGAUCUCACUCUCCGCGCAGCGAAACUAGCUGGUAUCUACCCUGCAACUUUGAUCAAAGAGCCGGAAGCUGCUGCCAUGUAUACGUUGCAUGUCUUGCAAGACCGAGGUCUUGGAGUAGGCGACGCUCUCGUUAUCUGCGAUGCAGGCGGCGGCACUGUCGAUCUGAUCUCAUACGAGAUUACUCAGACUAAGCCGUGUUUACGUCUCAAAGAGCUUGUACCUCCAAAAGGUGGGAUGGCAGGAUCGUUGCAGCUAAAUAAGCGGUUCGAAGAACAGGUCAAGAUGGUUGUGGGAGAAGACCAAUACUUUCACCUACGGAAAACGCCUGCUUAUCACCAAGCAGUCAGGUUCUUCGACAGAACAGUCAAACCGGCUUUCCGAGGCAAAAAUGAUGAUAGUUGGUAUGUAAACUUUCCCAUGGCUGAUCUGGAAGAUGAUGAGAGUCAGCACCUCAAGCGCAGUACUUGGGAAAUGAAGAGUGAGAUUGUUGAAGGCAUCUUCAAGCCUUUGAUUGAAGACAUUGGAAGGAUGGUGGAUGAUCAGGUGAACUUGGUUCAAAAGAAACGACUUGCGGAAGGCCACGCGAAAGGUGCAGAAGUCAAAGCCAUCUUUCUCGUUGGUGGAUUCGGAGCCAGCGAAUACCUCAAAAUGAGUAUCCAACAGCGUCACCCAGACAUUCAGGUUAUCCAACCACACGACGCUUGGUCGGCCAUUGUCAAGGGUGCCGUUCUCAGCCAAUUGCCAAAUGAAGCGAUCGUAGACUCUGUAGUCGCUCCACGGCAUUACGGCGUCAAAUCUCACCAGGAGUAUGAAGACUCAGACGCAGGACAAGAGUCCUGGUAUGACUCAUCCUUUGGCCACUUGAGAGUGUCGCGGAUGACAUGGUACAUUGAAAAAGGCGAGGAUCUUCAGCGCGAACAGAAGAUUCGUUUCUCCUUCUUCCGACGCUUAGAGCCAAACUUCACCGCAAGUGAUCUCCUCUUCACGGAUACACUUUACUCAGAUGAAUCGGUCAGGCCGAACAAGUAUCCGAAAGAAGGCGUUGUCAAAAAGAAUUGCAGCCUCACAGCAGAUCUUUCCUCCAUUGACAGGUCGACAUUGAAGACAAAGGUUUGUGCCGAUGGAUCGACAAAGGUAGAUGUCCAUUAUGACUUGUGCAUAUCGCUCAAGUCAGCGCUGAUGAAGUUCUCUUUGGAGAUCAGAGGGAAAGAGUUUGGCAGUGUCGCAGCCAAGUACGAGUGA